CCAGACAUAAGCGAAACAAUAACACUUGGUGGGCCACUUUGCGCUCAGAUCCUUCGCCGGCAAGUUGAUACUUUCAGCGCAUCGAGCUCCCGAUUAUUUGCAGCCUAUAGCGGAGGAGCACAACGCGCUCCACUUUUAAUCAGAUUAGGAACCUUUAAUGUUCAAUCCUGGUUUUCCUUCGUCCCUAACGUAGCGGUGCAGGAGUGGCCAAAGCCAAAUGCAGCGAUUCAGAUCAGAUUUCACCUAAACCAGCUGGGAGAGGGACCGACAGAGAGGGAGAGAGAGAGCCGAGAAGAGAAGAGAAGAGAAGAGCAGAGCAGAGCAGAGCAGAGCAGAGCAGAGAGAGGGUUUGUCAGUCUCCCUCCUCCCAAAUCCAGAAAAGCUUACCAAGGAAAAAAGGAGGAGUGUCUGGGCUCAGAUAGACGCGAGGAAUCCAGAGGAAUUUCCCGAGGAUUUUUUUCUCUUCAUUUCCCCCUCCUCUUCACAUCAAAUUAAAAACAACAACAACAAGAAAAAAAAAAAAAAGUUGGAGGGGAGGCAGCGGGGACCGUGGUCAGGGAUGGACGAGCAGCCGCGGCUGAUGCACUCCCACGGGGUAGGCAUGGCCGGACACCCCGGCCUGGCGCAGCAUAUGCAGGAUGGCACGGCGGGGACGGACGGAGACGGAAGAAAGCAGGACAUCGGAGACAUAUUACAGCAAAUAAUGACCAUCACAGACCAAAGCUUAGACGAAGCGCAGGCAAGGAAACACGCACUCAAUUGCCAUCGAAUGAAACCUGCUCUGUUCAAUGUCUUGUGUGAAAUAAAGGAGAAAACAGUGCUCAGUAUCCGCGGCGCCCAGGAGGAGGAGCCUCCAGAUCCCCAGCUGAUGCGACUGGACAACAUGCUUCUGGCAGAGGGUGUGGCCGGACCGGAGAAAGGUGGCGGGUCUGCGGCCGCGGCUGCCGCUGCUGCGGCCACCGGCGGCGUCGGUGCAGAUAACUCUGCAGAACACUCCGACUACCGGGCCAAGCUGUCUCAGAUCCGACAAAUCUACCACACGGAGCUGGAGAAGUACGAACAGGCGUGCAAUGAGUUCACCACCCAUGUGAUGAACCUGCUGAGGGAGCAGUCUCGAACACGACCCAUUUCGCCCAAGGAGAUUGAGCGCAUGGUCAGCAUCAUCCACCGCAAAUUCAGCUCCAUUCAGAUGCAGCUGAAGCAGAGCACUUGCGAGGCCGUCAUGAUCCUGCGCUCACGCUUUCUUGAUGCCAGACGAAAGAGGAGGAACUUCAACAAACAGGCGACAGAGAUCCUGAACGAGUAUUUUUACUCCCACCUCAGUAACCCUUAUCCAAGCGAGGAGGCAAAAGAAGAGCUGGCCAAGAAGUGCGGCAUCACCGUGUCACAGGUAUCAAACUGGUUUGGGAAUAAGAGAAUCCGAUACAAGAAAAACAUUGGCAAGUUCCAAGAAGAGGCCAACAUGUACGCAGCCAGGACUGCAGUCAACGCCACCAGUGUGUCGGCUCACGGCAGUCAGGCCAACUCGCCGUCAACUCCCAACUCAGCAGGUUCUGCUGGCUCUUUUAACAUGUCAAACUCCGGAGACUUGUUCAUGAGUGUGCAGUCCCUCAAUGGGGACUCGUACCAAGGGGGGCAGGUUGGGGCCAACAUACAGUCCCAGGUGGAUACCCUUCGCCAUGUUAUCAGCCAGACCGGAGGAUACAGUGACAGCCUCGCAGCCAGCCAGAUGUACAGUCCGCAGGGCAUCAACACAAACGGCGGCUGGCAAGAUGCUCCGACUCCUUCGUCAGUGACAUCGCCCACAGAAGGACCUGGGAGCGUCCAUUCAGAUACUUCCAACUGAAUAUCUCCAUCUCCACACCUCAUCCCCGAAGAAUAAAACAAAACAUGAACGAACGUUGCUCCUCACAGUGUUAAAACCAAGGAAUUCACUUCCCAUAUUUCGGCGAGGUCCUGUGAAAUCCUAGCCCUGAACGAAAAAUGUUUCUCAGCCUAUAACAACAGACUUUUGGGAUACAAAUUUCAGUUUCACGAGAAAAAUCCAACAACAUUUCAAUCAGCAGCUUUCACAUAAUAAUCAGAGGGCUGGGGUUCCUUAUUCACUUGUAAUGUUUUCACUCAAUAUGAUGAGAUGAUCAAAUAAAGUAGAUGAAUAAAACCAUUGGUUUAACUGAAAAUACUUCAUUCUACCUCUCAGCCACUAAGAAGAGUAAAAAUAAAAUGUCGGUGACCAUUAUUUGUUUUUGUAAAAAUGAAACUUUUGUCUUUGCAAACAAGAGGCACAUCUUCUUACAUUUUGUUGUCUCUCACCUACUCUAUGGUACGCCAUUUAGACUUAAAUAUUGCUCAGUUGUUUACAAUGUGUGCUCGAUACAAGUAUGUUCAUCCUCCCCCUCUGUCUCCGGCAAGUCAAAACUGAGUUCUGUCAGGAGAUUUUACCUCUAAGGUAACCCUGUGAAGUAUGUUAUCUGUAAAACAAUAAAAUAAAUACUUGUCAUCAAAACAGACAAGCUUGACAUCGUUCAUUAAGAUGCAAGGGAUAUCAGCAGAAACUCUUUCACGCAGUCUUGACUUUGCUUCUGCAGCACAUUGGUACAAAGGCAGAUGCAAACAAAAAAAGUCUGCAGUACUGUAAAGCUCUUGUUCUUUUUAAAAUCUCCGAGAACAUCUUUUCACAUUACGUUUUGCUGUCUUCUCUGUCUGAUGAUACCAAAAUCCUCACAUAACCAAAUCAAAACCUUUACAUGUCAUGUAGCGUGUUAUUUCAUCAAAUAUUCACUGCGUUAUUUCUUUGUCAGCUCAUCUACAUGACUCCUUUAUUUUAAAAAAAUUAAAAAGUGGUGCAUUGAGAAGACUAAAAUAUACAUUUCAACAAGAAAAAUAUUGUCAUAAUUGUUUGUAAUAUAUUUUUUAAUACACAGAGACACAGUCCACUGAUACAGGAACAUCUUUAUGUUAACAGAGUUUUCCAGGCAGUUUUUUCACACAGUGGAUCCUUCUUCCUGAUUCUAAAGCACAGCUCUGGAGCCGCUCCGAGCAUUAAGUCACUGAUUAUCAUUACAUAAAGAAGUAUGACCUACGGCUCAGCUGAUGGACAUGUAAGGAAGAGCGCAUUCCCAUUUUGUUGAACUACGCCUUCUGGAGCGCAUUCACCUUUGGUGGAUUACAUGAUUCAGCAGGUACUUUAGCAAAACUAAAAACAAACAUGAAGUUCAUUAUGACAUUUAUGAACAAAUGUUAAUCAUUAAACAUCCGAGAUUGAACAUGAUAUUAUGUCAAAUAAUUGUGUUUUAUAAGCAGCCCAACCUUGUUUAUAGUUAUUUUUUAUGUUGUGUGACUUCUACUUUUGUAUUUGAUUUUAUUGGCAUGCUACUUUUUUUUUCUUUUGGUCCUCUGUUUUUGUGAUUUAGCUCAUGAACUUUCGACAUGUGUUUAUGUGCACCUGUUGUGCUUGACUUGCCUUGUUGCAAAGGGUUUUCAACACAUUAAAAUAAUAUGUACUACA